GUCUAAGACCCUGAGCUAAACCCUUCGCGUCUCCUUCCAGAGAAGGUCCAGGUGCUUCAAUGGCUAUCUUGUUGAUUACUUUUUAAUCAGUGAAUCUGCCGAAUUUUCCUACCUCGUUGAUUUCUCAAGCUUAUUUACUGAAGCCAUGGCGAUUCUGCUCAAAUCGGCUCUCCAAAAUCAAACCUUUUUUAAGACUCUCCUCAAGCCUUCGAUUAUUUGCAGAAACCUGAAUUCGUCAUCGGAGCCUCAUAAGAAACCGCUCUCUGUUUUAUUCGAAGAGGUCGUAGGAUUGAGACCCAAAUCAGAAACGAUCGAAAUCGAAGAAGAAGGCAACGAAUUGAAGAGAAAGCUUUUGGAAUUGGAGAUUAAACUCAUAGAACUGAAGAAAUCGGAGCCAGUGACGACGAAAAAGAAGAAGCAGAAGGGGAAGGUUGUGACACCAGAGCAGACCGAGAAAAGUCACAAGCUUUACACGUUGUUCAAGGGCGAUGAAGAGAAGGAUGUAAAGAAGAAUUUUCGGGAACAAGAGGACCAUGUGAUUAGGGUUUAUAAGGAGCUUCCUUUAGAGAUGUUGUCGUUUGUGAAGCUUCUGCAUAAACAAGGGUAUUUGAACAAGGCUAAUUUCAUCAGUGGAGAAAAGUUGGAAUCGGGGAGUCUUGAUGAAGAGUAUGCUAGAACUUUUGUUAAGUUUGCAGCGGAAAAAUUCGGAAAGGAUCACCAGGAAAUAGCAAAGUGGUUAUCAGGUAGUGACCUGAAGAACAUUGUGCUAUUUGGUUGCCCGAGUUUGGAAAGAAGGGCAAUAUUCGCUGCUAAAACACUUCGCAAGUUUUUCGAUAUCCCAGAGAACAAUGUGUGCGAUAAAUGCGUGUUGAAAGAGAAGUGCAAGUUUCCAAACCAGAGUGUGUGGGAUGGCAAGACAAAGAACUUACAUUUGUCUGUUGUGAUGAAAGUCAUCACACUAUAUCCAUUGGACUUGACACAUCCGAAGCUACAAGUUCCUCAAGAAGUACAAGACUCAGUCUCAAGGUUGCUGACAGAGAUUCAGAACCUAAGCCGAACGAUCUGUACUCCUCUCGCAUGAGUUAUAUCAAAGAUUGUUUUCUAGUAGACAUCAACUUAGUGUUCUUGCCACACUGAAGCUGUACGAAAACAAGACUCUUAGUGAAAAAGAGUCUCAACUUUUUUUGAAGGGGACAGAUCCGAGAACUUGAGUUGUGUUUUGUUCUUUGUCUCGAUUAUGUGCCGUAGUUGAUCUGUUUUAGAUUUUUUUUUCCAUUGAGAAGAGAAAAUAUCAUAACAGAAAACAACUCUGUAGUGUUUUGAUAAGUCCACAAAAGAGACGUUAGUGAUAU